AAGCGGCCGCCUCCCUGUGCCCCGCCCCUAGGACUGGGCUCUCUGGCUCCGGCUCCUCCCGGCCCUCUCCCGGCUCCCUCCGGCUCCAGCUCCGGCGCUGCGGCGGCGGGCAAUUUCAGUGGUGCAGAAUGGCUGACCUCAGUCUUACAGAUGCUUUAACAGACCCACCUCCAGAAAUUGAGGAAGAGAUAAAACGGGACUUUAUUGCCACAUUGGAGGCAGAGGCCUUUGAUGAUGUUGUGGGAGAAACUGUUGGAAAAACAGACUAUAUUCCUCUUCUGGACGUUGAUGAAAAAACUGGGAAUUCGGAGUCAAAGAAGAAAUCAUGCUCAGAUACAAACCAGGUUGAAGGUCCUCCAUCUUCUAAACCAGCAGUGCUAGCCAACGGUGAUCAUGGAAUAGGAGGAAAUGAUUCUACAGGGUCUCCAACUGCAUUCCUUGAAGAGAAAAUGGCCUACCAAGGAUAUCAGAACAACCAGGGCUGGCCAGAAAAUACAAACUUUUGCUUUGAACCUGAGCAAGUGGUAAAUCCUAUCCAGACUGAUCCUUUUAAGAUGCACCAUGAUGAUGGCCUGUCAGAGUUCCUCUUCCUCCCAGGUGGAACAACUAAUGCUUCAACAUUUUCAGAACAAAAUGAUUCCCUGAAAAACACUUAUGGUCUGUUUCCAUGUGACACCUUUGCUCCUGAGGGGUGGUCUGUGGAAACCCCAAACUCCCCACAUUCUGAACCUUUCACUUCCCCAGAGGUUACUACCCAACUUCUGCAACCAACAGCAGUGCCAGUUGAGGAGGUAGAAAUGGCAUCACCAGAAGAGAGGACACCAACAAAAGCAUUGGAAACAAUGGGACUGAAGGCUGUUGAUAUGACACCCUCUGGUGAAACAUUGAUUGUACCAGCCAAAGACGUGGCACCAUCCACAGAAACAGAGGUGACAGUGGCUAAAGACAUGGAACCACUUACCAAAUCAGAUGUGGCACUAGCCAAGGACAUGGAAUCAUCCAUUGACUCAAACAUAACUCUAGUCAAGGACAUGGGCCUACCCAUAGAACCAGAGAAGACUGCUGUUCAGGAUGUCAUAUUGCCUACAGAAAAAGAUGUGUCAUCAGCCAAGGGCAUGGGACUGCCCACAGAAAUAGAGGUAGCACCAGCCAAGGAUGUAAUACUAGUCAAAGAAACAGAGAGGAUACCACCUAUGCAAAUGGAUUUGACCCCAGCUGAGGGCAUGAUACCACCCACAGAUAAAGAGAUGGUCCCAGCCAUGGGUGUGUUAUCACUCUCAGAAAUAGAAGUGGCACUGGAUAAAGAUGUUAUAUCAACCACUGAAAAAUCCUCAGGCAAGGAGACAACCUUGUCUUCAGAAACAGAGGUGGCUCUAACUGGGGAUGUGGUGUUGACCCCAGAAACCAAGAUGGUCUUGACCAACAAUGUGGCACUACCCAUAGAAACAGAGGUAGCUCCAGUCAAGGACAUGGCUCCAUCUCCAAAAACAGAAGUGACCCCAGUCAAGGACAUGGUUCCACCUCUUGAAUUGACCCUGGGUAAGGAUAUGGUUCUCACCCAAGAAACAGAAAUAGCCCUGGCCAAGGAUGUUCCUCUACCUCCACAAACAGAGGUAAUCCUGCCUAAGGAUGUGCCUCUGUCUCCUGGAAGAGAGAUGAAUCUGGACAACAGUGUGACUCUAGCCAAGGAUGUUGCACUGCCCUCUGAAACAGAGGUUGCAUCAGUUCCAGUAAAGGACGUGGAAGUUGCACAGAAUGUGGAAGAAAUAAGUGAGGAUUCCCAAAUAGAAUUUCUCCAACAUAAGGGACAAUCAGCUGCACCUGCUUUGGGGAUUUCACCAGAACCAGUCACAGCUGUGGGCCAAAAAGACAACUUGCCAACAUCCGAGGAUUCUGUGUUAGAGAAGCCGGAGCAAGAGAAACCAUCCAAUAAUCAAUGUUCUGAAUAUUCUUCGGAGACCUCUGGAAUAGCCAAGCCAGAAGAAGGACGACCUGCUCUGAGUGUGACCGGAAAUGACAUCACCGCCCCUCCAAACAAGGAGCUCCCACCAAGUCCAGAAAAGAAAACAAAGCUUUUGGCCACCAGUCAACCUGCAAAGACUUCAACAUCGAAAGCCAAAAUACAGUCCACUUCUCUCCCUAAGCAACCAGCUCCCACCACCUUUGGUGGGUCGAAUAAAAAACCCAUGAGCCUUGCUUCAGGCUUAGUACCAGCUGCCCCACCCAAACGCCCUGCUGCCACCACUACCAGGUCUUCCAUCUUACCUUCAAAAGACGUGAAGCCCAAGCCUGUCACAGAGGCAAAGAUUCCUGACAAACGGGUCUCACCAUCCAAGCCAGCCUCUGCCCCCGCCCUCAGACCUGGCUCUAAGAGCACUCAGACUGGUCCAAAAGUCACAACAUCUGCCACUCUUACCUCAACUGGGCCAAGCAGUCGGAGCCCCCCCAUAGCCCCUUCCAAGAGGCCCACUGCUGUCAAGACUGAGGGAAAACCUGCAGACAUCAAGAAGAUGGCUACAAAGCCUGUACCAGCUGACUUGAGUCGCUCAAGGAGCACCUCUGCCAUUUCUGUGAAGAAAAACACCACUGUCCCUGGGGCAGCGUCCCCAGCUGGGGCGGCUCCCAGUCGAAUCAAGUCCACACCCACACCUCCCCGGCCUUCUGUGACGCCUUCUGUAGAGAAGAAGCCCACAUCAGCCAAGUCCAGCUCCUCUGCUCCCAGGCUGAGCCGCCUGACUACCAAUGCUUCUGCCCCUGAUCUGAAAAAUGUCCGCUCUAAGGUUGGCUCCACGGAAAACAUCAAGCAUCAGCCUGGAGGAGGCCGGGCCAAAGUAGAGAAAAAAACAGAGGCAGCUGCCACAGCUCGAAAGCCUGAACCUAAUGCUGUCACUAAAUCAGCCGGCCCAAUUGUGAGUGCGCAGAAACCGACUGCUGGGAAAGUCCAGAUAGUCUCCAAAAAAGUGAGCUACAGCCAUAUUCAGUCCAAGUGUGGUUCCAAGGACAAUAUUAAGCAUGUCCCUGGAGGUGGUAAUGUUCAGAUUCAGAACAAAAAGGUGGACAUCUCUAAGGUCUCCUCCAAGUGUGGGUCCAAAGCCAACAUCAAACAUAAGCCUGGUGGAGGAGAUGUCAAGAUUGAAAGUCAGAAGUUGAACUUCAAAGAAAAGGCCCAGGCGAAGGUGGGAUCCCUCGAUAAUGUGGGCCACCUGCCUGCAGGAGGUGCCGUGAAGACUGAGGGCGGUGGCAGCGAGGCCCCUCCGUGUCCUGGCCCCCCUGCUGGGGAGGAGCUGGCCAUCCCUGAGGCAGCGCCUGAAGCUGGCGCCCCCACUCCAGCCAGUGGCCUCAAUGGCCACACCACCCUGUCAGGGGGUGGUGACCAAAGGGAGGCCCAGACCUUGGACACCCAGAUCCAGGAGACAAAUUGAGACCUACAGGCUGACGUUCCGGGCAAAUGCCAGGG